AUGCCAGCCCCCAAGGCGGCAACGCGGAAACCUCGAGUGGACAAUUUGCUAGAUGCCAUUAAGUCGAUUGAGGACGCUGGUGCUGGAGAUCGGCUGCAUGCUUUGGACAACCUCAUAUUCUUAUUCGACAAGCGCACCAGACAAGUGGAGGCAAUCAAGGACAAGGAAUACCACCGAACUUUAGAAGCACUGUUUCGCUGCAUCAACACAGAGAAGACCGCCUAUUUCAAGGCCAAACGAGGAAGAUCUUCAGCAUCCACGUCGGCUGCGAGACUGACAAAGUGUGCCGAGGCGAUACGUAUUGUGCUAGAUCAUGGCUCUACCAAGCUAAAGCGCAAUACUUUGGCGGCAGUCGUCGAUCAUAUUACUCAAACGCUACCCGAUUCCGAGGAAGGCUACUUACAGCCUCUACUGCUCGAGUAUGUUAGGGCUCUCCUGGCAAUGUUAUCGUAUCCCUCAGUUGUAGAGUCGUUGGCAACCUACAGUGGCGUGACAUGGCUGGAUUGCAUCGAUUUCAUUCUCGAGGUCAUUGACUGGCACUUGGAAUCGCAUGCUGGAACUGCUACCCCAUCCCGAGAUUCUCCGGCCCCUGGAACACCGCAAGCAUUAUCGCACCCAGGCUCAACGCUCAGGUCGACAGCAACAUCAUCGAGUCAGCGUGGUGGGCAUGGUUUGCAUCAAACCGUCCUGCACGAUCUUCUCGAAUGCUUGUGCCUACUGAUAUCAGCUCCUAAUGCACCCGUCUUGAAGCGCUCGGCAAAGAUCAAAACGUCCGCCCUGCAAUGCAUUCGACUUCGUUUUCUUGGAGUAUCUUCAGUCUUACAGCUCGGCUUUUUCAUCCUGAAUGUCAUUGUCCAAGUAACACAGACCGAAGACACGACACAAACCAACCAGCUCGUCGCCGAGAUUCUACCUUUAAUUCGGCAGUGGUGGCAAGCAAAGACAACAUCACAGGAGAAUGCACUACUGAACAGCAUUCAGGUCGAAGCAUUAAAACUGCUGUUCAAUGUUCAUAUCAAUGUAGCUCACCUCGUGCAGUCCGGUGACUCUGGUAUCGUUAUGGAGCUGGAGGAGCUUUGUGACAUGCUCUGGAAUCAAUAUUCCCAGAGAGAGGGGCGUAGCCAGCUCCAACAGGAUGACUUGACCUUUUCAAAUGUGCCUCAACACCCUCACGCCUUUCAAGUGGGCACGUUUGCACUUCGUCUCUAUAAUGUCGAGGCCGAGAGAAAAUGGGCAGUCAUCCACAUCUUGGCCAUUUUCGAAGCCAUACUUUGGAAGCAGUCGCGAUCCCACCAUGGCGUCGUUGAGGAGAACGAUGAACACCCGCGAAAGAGACGAAGGAUAGCUCAAGACUCCAACAGAUUGCACCAGAAGCUGAAAAUGCCUCGAGAUAAUAUGCGCAUGAUGGCCCUCCAGCUUAUACCCUUUUUUGUGUCACACGUUCGUUUAUCCGUCAGCGACGUGGAAGAAAAUCUGUCAAUUAUGGCCAGUCUCGUCGGUCACAAGAACGCGAAAUUGUCAACAUGGGCGACAAUUGCCAGUGCUAGUCUCGCGUCGGCCGAAAUUGCUACGCACAAGGAUCUGUUGCCAAUUUGGAAACAGCUAUGGUACAUGGCAGCACGGAAUCUGAGCAUUUCAGCCACUUGCCGUGCUUCAAGCGUUUUGCUAUCUGCCAUUGUUUCGAAUGACCUACUCUCUUAUCAUGAGAUCUCAGAUGACAUCAACAAUAUCAUCACGGCCGCUGAUGUCAGCGGCCCAUCAGUUGUAGUGGAUUCUUCAGUCAUCCUGAUGACGAAAUUACUACAAAUCAGAAACUAUAGGCUUCCAAGUGCCAGCCACGCCACCUGCAAUCACGUCAUUCGCUGGUUGUUCCUGAGAUGGGAUCCAGCUGAUCCCAUUUUCGUCUCGGUUUACUCAAUUCAUGUCGCCCCCCUAGACAUUAUCAAUCUUUUCCGAGCCGCGUCGGGAUUGCCUAGCCUCGUCUUGAAGGGUCAUCCCCAACUCAUCAGUGGACCGCUCGUCGAGAAUUGGAGCAUGCUACAGGACCGGCUCGAAAUUGUACGAUAUCUUCUCCUGGUCAAUGACGACGAGCCACGAGCGAUGGUUGUCAAGCCCACCAAAGCCUCGCCAAACCAAUAUUCUCUCCAGAAUGCAGAGAGUGCCGACUCUCAUGCCGUACGAAAGCUGAUAGCAGAGCUGAUGCACCCUAAAGCCGAUGAAUUGCAGGCAUUGUGCGAAAGCUGGAGUAAGAAGGGCGAAGGAUCGUCUCAGAUAACAAUUGAUAAGUUCCGGAGUCUACUCAAUUGUCUGGUUGUGAUAGCAUUCACACUGGUUUAUACAACAGAACUCAACACCAGACAUUCUCAGGAUUUGGAAGUCGUUUCCACACAGCUGCUUCGACAUGCGUUCGAGGUUGCUUGGCUCUCGUCAGAAAAUCAAGUAUUCUCCGAAACCACCUUGAAGACAGUCCGCCCAUACCUUCCUUGCUGCUCUACCAGUGCCCUAAGCGACAUCCACCAGGCUCAUCCCCAGGUUCUGGCCUUCUUUUCGGAGCUUUCAUCGCAAUUUGACGAAAGAAUGUCCCAGCACUCGUCCUCUUAUGCAGAAGACACAAUGGAUCUGGACGAGGAUUUCGGAACGCAGGAAAGCCAUUCGAGCACAACUUCACGGACAAUUGAUAUCUGCCGCCGAGACACGGCCUUGCUUGACGCUGGCGCAUUCAUUCAUGAUACGACGCAGAGACUACGGUUUUUGCACGCUAUACAACUCGAUCCAGGUCAGAUAGGCCUCGUUCCAUCUGCAUAUAUUAGAGAUCUCCUCGCUCUGGCGGACGAAGAGCUCGUCUCCUGCCGCCUAUUGAACAAGGAAUUGUUUAGUGGGGACCUAGUUGUUGGUCAAGAGGAUGCAAUGCGCGUGACACACCGCUUCGGUGACUUGAUCGACUCGAAGAAUUUCUGCAGCUGCGAGGUUGCUAUGCAUGCCUUUAUUGACACCAUUGAAGGCUUUAUGCCAAUUUGGAUUGAUGAAAGGAGUGAAUUGAGUUCUGAAGCCGAACAACUGUACGAGUUUCUUAUUGAAAAGGCACUCACGAACAAUCUACUUUCGCCAAAAACUCAAAUCGCCCUUACACGACUUCUUUUCCGUCUCACAGAAAUUGACGAAAAGUUCCCUGAGCGAUUCAAUCUGCCAACAACGAUCAGCUCAAUCUUCAGCAUGCUGCAGAAUAGUAGCAUUUCCAUCAAGUUCUAUAUCGGAAACAAUCUCUUCCGAAUAUUCAACCGAUUUGUGCUAAAGACGCAUGAUCAGUACUGCAUUGAUGUCGUCAAUAGCCUUCCGCUUGACCCAGAGGUGCCUGAAGGCAUAUCAUUGCGCCUCUAUGUGCUAAGUCAACUUGCAAAGAACUGGCCGACCCUUCUGCGCCGAUGCGUUUACCAUAUUUUCGAAACCCCGGGAAAUCUCCUCGAUUCUACCAGACAUGCGACAUAUUGCCUCGAAGAUGUCGCAUUGAGUCUCAGGCUCGAAAACGCACAAGGUCUCUUUGAUCUAUUUGCGCCUCAGCUCUUAUAUACGUGGUUGAAUACUGACCCUAUUGAGAGCAUCCCUUUUGGAAUUUUCGGAUUCCAAACCCUUGAGGAUCUGCUUCUCCGGGCACAGCCCGAAGCUGCCGCGAUAUUGAUGAUGCGCGGCCAAGAUGAGGAUUUUGCGAAUCUCGCCCAAUUACUUGGGAAAACGCCAGCAGAGCUUGCCAAGAAGUGUUUCUCAAAGAUCUUGGCAUAUAGCAUGGCGUAUGAUAUCAGUAUGCCAAAGUCCGAUCAACAUACGAAUGGCGAGAGUCGCAUUCGAAAGUUGUUGGGCCGCGAAAUCUUCCUCGACUAUGUGUAUACUGAAUUCGCCGAUGUCAUUGGCACAUUUUUUGGUCUGAUUGAUCAAGAAGACCCCAUCGAGAAGUCAUGGGCCAAGGACGACAGUUGUGUAUAUGCCGCCAAGAUCAUGGAUGAAAUCAAGACACUGAGUCAUUCAGAUGUCGAACUGUCGGGAAAUCAACAGCCAUGCUUUCGCGCCAAAUACUUGACGCGCGAAAUUGCCAUCUUGUGCAGCCGGACGGAGCACGAGAUGAAGCAUCUGUUCACCCCGGCACUUGUAGUGUCGGUAGCGAGGCGGCUGUUUAAUACAAGACACUCGGCACUAGGAUCUCUGCAUGCGUGCUCGGUGAUACGCAAGGUCCGAGUCCUGAUAUGCUUGGCUGGUCAGUGUGCAUACGAAUCAUACUCACUUGAGAUGCUGCUACACUCGGUCCAGCCAUAUUUGACUGAUCUUGAGAGUGCGGAUGACGCCCUUGGCAUCAGUCAGUAUUUACUAAUGCGAGGGCUUCCGACAUUGAGUAGAAACCCUUCAUUUGUAGCUGGCUACGCCUUGUCCACACUUGCUUCCCUUCGCGUUUUCCUCGAGUCAAGCCAGGCAAGCACUACUCAGGAAAGUCAAUUCAAGGCGACCAUGAGCAAAGCGCAAAAGUUUCACAAGUGGCUCAGUCAGUAUCUCGAGGAUUACCAAUCUCCAUCUCUGCGAGACGAACAGCACCUUUCAUCAUUCAAGUCCAUCACACAGUCUGCUGCUAGUGUUCGGUCUUCAGGCAAUGCGGAGCGGGGGACGCAUGAGAGCACAUUGCUCCUAGAGAUUCUCCAAGAUGAGACCCGCCAAGCCCCGCUACUUAGUGAAUCGUCACGCCAAUCUGCUCUUCGAAUCUUAGCAAAAGAUUUCCGACUGCCUGUUUUGUCUCGCCAAGAUGCCAUUUACUCGGACAUCGAAGCUACCAAAUUCGCUACGGCUAUCUGGAAGACAUUGCAUGCCCAACCCACAGACAAUGAUUAUCGAAACUAUCGUGUUUGGGCCGGUCGUGUUAUCGGCAAAAGUUUUGCUACCUCGGGCCAUGUUGAUGAGACACUUCUUCGAGAAUCGAAAUUGGCAAAACACCUUCAAUACGCUCCGAGCAGUACAACCUCUGAAAAGGGAUUGCUGUCUUUACUGCAGUCCUUGACGUCCGAUGCAGACUGCUUCACGGCGGGCCUGGCAGAAUCUGCUCUGCGAAACAUCGUAUCAGAGGCGGCUUCCGCAGAGGACAAUGUGCUUUCCGAGGCUUGUGGGACUGUACUUUCUGAGCAGCUUCUGCUUACUUCUGACUGGUCCAUAUAUCGUACACCACCGUCAGAUGAUUUGCAGGUCGAUGCAGUACCCGAUAAUAUUGCGUUCGCCCCUGAGGCUCUCGAAGACCCGUUUUGGGCUCGCCAGCUGGCAAUACACUUGACUCAGUCAGUGAAGAAAGACGUCGUGCUCGGUGCCUUGCCGCAAGUCCUACGUCACGUCAAAGGUUUCGCCGAAGAUGCGUUCCCGUUCAUCAUUCACUUGGUUCUUUUAGCCGAACGAGAUAAGCAGCAAUUGGCGAAAAAGAACCUAUCCAUAGCCAUGAAAUCCUGGCUCAAGGCAACAGGACCUGCUGUUAGGGAACGUCUCGGUCUUCUUAUCAAUGCCGUACUCUACUUGAGGGCACAAAAGCUUCCUGGAGAGCAUUCCAUCGCUGAUCGCACUCAGUGGCUCGAUGUAGAUCUUGCAACUGCCGCCGCCGCCGCUACUCAUUGUGGCAUGCACAAGACAGCGCUACUCCUAGUCGAGUCGUCAUCAAAUGAGGGGUCCCGUCAAUCACGUCGUUCUUCUGCUAUCCGGGCCCAGGAAUCCACGGAUGUGUUAUUGGAGAUAUUCGAGAACAUUGACGACCCCGAUGCAUAUUAUGGUCUUCAAGACGGUACAGACUUGAGCAAUAUUCUAGCUCGGCUCGAGUAUGAGAAUGAUGGUGCAAAAAGUCUUGCUUUCCGAGGCGCCCAGUUCGACAGUCACACACGAAAGAGAGAUGUGGCUGUAAGAUCAGAUGAACGCCAUCUUGUAAAGACUCUCAACACUCUUGGUCUCUCGGGAUUGUCUCACUCUCUGCUCCAGGCCCAACAAGGCCAUGAUGGAACGUCUGCGGCUGUCGACUCUACUUUCAUCAAUGCCCGCAGACUUGAGAUAUGGGAUCUGCCCGUGCCAGCAGCUACUGAAAACCCUUCUGUAGCACUAUACAAGGCCUAUCAGGGUUGCCACCAGGCAGCCAACGAUGCGAGAGUAACGAAUGCCAUACACGGCGGCUUCCAUCAGGUAAUGCAAAAUUUGGUCAAGAGUGAUGCUACCACUUCCCACAUUCGAAGCAAUCUCAAUACCCUCGCAGCACUGUCUGAAAUGGAUGAUGCACUCAAUAUUUCGUCUGCAUCUGGGCUCAAUGAUCUCUUAUCUACAUUUGAUGCCAGACUACACUGGAUGAACAGCGGAAGGUAUGACAAUGUCAGUCAUCUGCUAUCCACCCGCUGGACAACCUUGAGCAUGCUCGGUAAGAGCAUUCAGACGCAACCCAGGGGCGACGUCAAUCUUCGAGAGAUCAAGCUGGCCGAGGCGCAAUCACUGCUCUCAUCAUCCAAAGUUUACAGAUUUCAUUCUGCACACCAGGAGUCUCUCAAUAUCGCAACUGCCCUUAAUGAUUCCAUUGACCAAGCUGCCGACUUGGGCCUGACCAUUGAUGCAGCCGCAAGAAUUGAGGUGGCCCACUCGCUGUGGGACCACGGGGAGAUGGUAUCGUCUAUUCGCAUGCUGCAAAGCGUGGCUGAUGACUCUGAUCUCAAGAAGCAGGACAUUGAAGUUCGUCGAAGCGACCUUCUUGCCGAAAUCGGGCACCAAGUCUCGGUGGCACGGCUGGAAAAGCCCGAGAGCAUUCAGCGAAACUAUUUACAACCGGCUCUAAAGGAUCUCAAGGGAAAGACUGAUGGCCCGGAUGCAGGCAGAGUAUACCACCAAUUUGCCCGGUUCUGUGACGAGCAACUUCAAAAUCCCGACGGGCUUGAAGACCUAGCACGUCUCCAACAUCUCAAGCAAGGCAAAAGCGAUGAGGUUGCGCAGUUACAGCAGAUUGUAAGAAACUCCAAAACUGAUGACCAGAAGCGCCGAGCCCAAAAUCAUUUAGUCAAAGCAAAGCAGUGGCUGGAACUAGAUGACCAAGAGCUUCGCCGUGUGGAGCAAAGCCGAAGCGAAUUUGUGCGACUCAGUUUAGAAAACUAUCUCCUCUCGCUUACGGCCUCUGACGAGCACAACAAUGACGCCCUCCGCUUUACGGCCCUGUGGCUUGAAAGUGCUGGCGAGGAUUACACAAGUGAGGCUGUGAAGAAACACAUUGAAAAGGUGCCAACGCGCAAAUUUGCCACGCUCAUGAAUCAGCUCACAUCAAGACUCAUUGAUCGACAAAAUCUUUUCCAAAAGCUCCUGCUUGAGCUCAUUUACCGCAUCUGUCUGGAUCACCCAUAUCAUGGCAUGUAUCAGGUGUGGUCAGGAACGAAGUCGCGUACCAACAAGGAAGAUGACAUUGCGGUUCUUCGACAGAAAGCCACAGAAAGAAUUGCAAAGAGGCUAUCUCAAAACCCGGACGUGUCUGAUAAAUGGCGCGCCAUUGACAAGACAAACAAAUCGUACCACUUGUUGGCGGUUGAUCGUAACGAGACUCGUUACAAGGCGGGGCAGAAAAUGCCGAUCAAGGACGUUGCAGCUGGCAACAGGCUAGUUAUGGACCUGAGAGAAUACCGCAUACCACCGCCAACUCUCCAAAUCGAGCUCGUGGCCGAUCGAGACUACUCUCGGGUGCCUCUUGUUUCCAAAGUUGACCCCUCCAUGUCCAUCGCCUCGGGUGUGAGCGCCCCCAAGAUUAUCACGCUUGUGGGAAGCGAUGGAAUGCGCUAUAAACAGUUGGUCAAGGGCGGCAGUGACGACUUGCGUCAGGAUGCCAUCAUGGAGCAAGUAUUUGCAGCAGCCUCAUCGGUAUUGAAGCUUCAUCGAUCUACCCAGCAGAGAAAUUUGGGCAUUCGCACUUACAAGGUUCUGCCCUUGACGGCCUCUUCUGGUCUCAUUGAGUUUGUUCCCAACACAACCCCUCUGCAUGAGUAUCUCAUGCCAGCGCAUGAGCGUUACCAUCCCAAAGACCUCAAGGGCUCAAGUUGCCGCAAGGAAAUAUCACAAGUACAAAGCAAGUCUGUCGAGACAAGAUUGGCAACCUUCAAGAGAGUAAUGGACAGAUUCCAGCCCGUGAUGCGCUACUUCUUUAUGGAACAUUUUGUCGACCCAGACGAGUGGUACGCCAAACGAACCAAUUACACGAGAACAACGGCAGCGAUAUCCAUUCUUGGUCAUGUUCUUGGUCUCGGUGAUCGCCACGGCCACAAUAUUCUCCUGGACACGGUCACUGGCGAGGUUGUUCACAUUGACUUGGGUGUUGCGUUUGAAAUGGGCCGCGUACUCCCUGUGCCUGAGCUGGUCCCAUUUCGGCUCACGCGCGACAUUGUGGACGGCAUGGGUGUGACCAAGACUGAGGGCAUCUUCCGUCGCUGUUGCGAGUUUACGCUUGAUGCAUUGCGCGAGGAGACCUACUCUAUAAUGACAAUCCUGGACGUGCUGCGUUACGAUCCAUUGUAUUCUUGGUCAAUUAGUCCGGUGAGAAUGGCCAAACUUCAAGAUACGAGGCGGGAUGAGGAAACCGGAGCGGAUCAAGCUGCCGAGAGUGUACUAGAUCUCAAAAAGAAAGCGGCCAGCGGCUUGGUCAAUGAGCCCAGCGAAGCGGACCGAGCUCUCGAAGUCGUGAGGAAGAAGUUGAGUAAAACGCUGAGUGUUACCGCUACGGUCAAUGAUCUCAUCAACCAGGCGGUGGAUGAAAGAAAUCUUGCGGUCCUGUAUUCUGGUUGGGCAGCGUAUGCUUAG